AUGGAGCCAAGCCAAGCCCUGUGCUGGAUUCCAUCUCCGCAGGACCCUGGGAUGAACAUCUCGGCGCCGGCCACGUGUGUGCCCAGCGACCCGGUGCAGUUCGUGCUGCUGCCCGUCGUGUAUUGCCUGGUGCUGUGCGUGGGGCUGCCGGGCAACCUGGCGGCCCUGCUGGUCUUCCUGCAGCGCGGCAAAGUGCGCAAAGCCGUCCGCAUCUACCUCAUCAACCUGACCUUGGCCGACAUCCUCUUCAACCUCACGCUGCCUCUCUGGAUCCCUUAUUACCUGGCCGGGGGGGACUGGAUGCUGCCGGAGGCCGCGUGCCGCCUGGCCGGCGCCGCCUAUUACCUGGCCACUUACAGCGCCGUCACCUUCAUGGCGCUCAUCAGCGUGGAUCGGCUCAGCGCGGUGCGCAGGGCGCUGCCGUUGGCGGGGCGCCGUGGGGCGGCGUUGGCGUGCGGUGCGGCGUGGCUGCUGGGUCUGGGCUGUGCUGCACCCGCCCUCAGCACCCGGCAAACCUCACCGGCGCGUGCCGGAGCCACCGCCUGCUUCGAGCAGCACGCGCGGCAGCGGGCCUAUGCCUAUGCCAUGGUGGCUUUCUUUGCCGUCGCCUUCGUGGUGGUGCUGGGCGCUUACGCCUCCAUCGCCCGCUCGCUGUCCGACACCGCCGUCCCCUCCCCGGGGUCGCACCGGCAGCAGGCCCGCGCCAUGGUGCUGGGGAUGCUGCUGGUGUUUGCGGUGUGCGUGGCUCCUUAUCACCUGAUGCUGGCUCCCUGGGUGGGCAGUCGGCCCCCGACGCCGCCCUGCGGGCCCCCGGCCGCCCUGGAUGUGCUGCACGUGCUGAGCGUGGCUCUGCUCAGCCUCAACAGCUGCCUCGACCCCCUCGUCUACUGCUUCUGCAUCCGACGCUUCCGUGCCGACCUGGGAAGGACGCUGCGUGCGGCCGCUCAUUGCCUCCCGCUGUCCCCAUCUGCCCCCCACGGCUCGGCUCCUGGUGGCCGUGCCAUCUCCUUCACCUCCACAUAG